AUGGCCAUAGCUGUAAGCGUUGGGGCAUGCUUCACUGAAUAUCUGAGAGUAAUUUGUCGGUGGGCAUGUCUCUGGAGUGUUUUGAGGCGGAGUGCAACAGUACUGUGGCUGAUUGAAUUUAACACAUGCGCUCAAGCAGGCAACCACGCUCCCAUCGGACCCUAUCUUUUGCAGCUCACUCGGGUUACAGGUCUUGGGAUUUCUGUGCAAGUGGUGAAAAAUAAAUUAGCACCUGCGAUGAAGAAGGCUGAUCUGGGGAUACAGUUUGGGAGAGGCUUAUGCCUUGAAUCUGAGGUAUUUCAGUUGGCUUGUGAGCAUGGUCUCAUUGCCAAAGAAGGAAGCAGUUACCUCAUAGGACGAAAGGUGUUUAGUACUGAACAUGCAGCUGAACAGUAUCUGGCAAAAAAUGAUGCGCUUUUUGACAAGGCAGUUAUGAUUUUAAGGAAAAUGAUGUUCGAAAGAUAG